AUACUGUUCCACCCACGCUCAAAUUUGCGUGGGUGUUCAAUGCAGUACACUAAGUAAAAUGGCUCUCAUCUGGCAAUGGUCACUUGGCGUCAAUUAUAAGCAUCAGGAAACCCCUCCUUACCGUAUAGUCUGCUGUUUCUUAUUAUACGAAUAAAGGGGCAGGGCGACUCGAAGAGUUUUUCUCAAGAGAGUAAGUUGAAACAAAGUUACGGCCAUUUCUAGCUGUUUUUGUAGGCCAAUAUGGCGACUGUAGAGUAGUAACACGGAUAUAUUUUUUGCUGUAAGGUCUCUAUGAACAAGAUCUCUUCGAGUCGCCCUCCAGUAAGUCUUUAGGCAUCGAAUACUGGUCAGAAAGACAACCUGGAAGCUAUGCAGUCAACAAAACUUGACGCCAAAAUUUUCAGUUUUUUCCAGCUGACCUCAGACCACUUCAUUGGAUUACAAUACAUAGAUACUUUUAGCUACAAUAAAAGCUAGCAUUGUUUCAUGUUCUCUUUUCAUUGAUAAUCAUUGAAAGUAACAAAAAUAAUGUUGUGAUGAGAAAUAAAGAAAAUAAAUAUCUUAUGAAUUAUUCAUGAGCAAUUAGUAUACCGCAAGAUUUUGAGUAGAGAUCGAUGUCCGAGAAGGAGGUUCUGAGCAGAGACCAGAACAACAUCCCCUUUGAGGGGGGCCUGGCCGCCUUCCCUCCCGCCAGUCACCAGGAGGUUGGGGUGGGAAGCGCCCAGACAGAGAACCGUGGAGAUCGAGAAGAGCCUGAACCAAAUUUUAUCCAAAAGCCUUUUUCCUUGCCUCCUGAUUCUCCACACUCCAACACUGACUCCCCUUUUAAUUUUUUGGAUCAUAACGAGAUUGAAGGAGACGAAGAGCUUGAUAUUGAAAAGUCUCCUCUGCCUUCCUCAGGGGAUGCUGAGACAACCUUGUCCAAGUUGGUUACUGGCAGUAACAGAAACUUUGGUCUGUCUUCAGACUGCCAUGAGUGGACUCAAGUGGAGCCGAUGGUGUUUGUUCCAAGUUUCGGGAACAAGGUGUUCCAAAAACAGGUACUCCUUCACGAGUACUGACGUUUAUUAUUAUAAUCAGAUCUUUACUGGUCUUUAGCAAGUACGUACAUGUAGUGUCAACAAAAUGAAUUUUGUCAUUUCCCCAUAUCAGCAUUUUGCUCGUUAGUCAGCUUUAUUGUACCAUUAGCUAAACUUGACUGUUGGUGGUGUAUUUCAACACUGAACUAUGUACUUCUAGUGUUUGAUUUUUGUAAAUCUGCUAAUAAUUAUAAAUCGUUGAUUAGAGUUUG